AUGGCGAGCGGCGGCGAGGCGGCGGCGGCGGCCGAGGAGACGCGCGUCGGCGACCUGCCGGAGGCGUGCCUGGCCGAGGUGAUCGCGCUCACCUCGCCGCGCGACGCGUGCCGCCUGGCCGCCGUGUCGCCGUCGUUCCGCGCCGCUGCGGAGUCGGACGCCGUCUGGGGCCGCUUCCUCCCGCCGGACUACCGCGCCGUCGUGCCCCUGGCGCCGGCGGCGCCGACGCCGGCGGGCGGCGGCGGGAGGAGGAAGAAGUGCGUCUACCUCGGCCUCUGCGACAAGCCCGUCCCCGUCGACGACGGCAGCAUGAUGGUGUGGCUGGAGAAGGAGAGCGGCGCCAAGUGCUUCGCGUUGCCGGCGAGGAAGCUGAGCUUGCCAUGGGAGGACGGCGAGUUCAGCUGGAGAUGGACUCCUCACCCUCUCUCCAGGUUUGAGGAGGUGGCGCAGCUGGUGGACUGCACGUGCCUGGACAUCUACGGGCGGCUGCCGGCGUCGGCGCUGACGCCGGCGACGGCCUACGCGGCGUACCUGGUGUUCGGCACCGCGGAGGGCCAGCGCGGGCUGAGCUUCCCGGACCAGGAGACGACGGUGGCCAUCGGCGGCCGCGUGGUGGCGCGCCACGCCGUCUGCCUCCGCCCCGACGACGCCGAGGCGCGCAAGUUCAGGGGCGUCGGCCUCGGCGGCGCCGCCCCGGUCAGGCGGCCGGCGCGGCGGGGCGACGGGUGGUCGGAGGUGGAGGUCGGGCGGGUCUCCGCCGGCGAGGCGGCGGGCGGCGCCGGCGCCGGCGAGGACGUGGUGGCCAGCUUCGAGGUGCUCGGGUGGUACCCCAAGCGCGGCCUCCUCGUCGAGUGCAUGGAGUUCAGGCCCGUCUCCUGAACGGCCGUGAUCGCGUGCUCCGCAUGCAUCGGACGGUCCAGCGUUUGGACACGUGGGCCGAUCUUGAGCCGUCAGUUCAUCUCGUUGAUGAACUGCUUGCGUGCCUAUAAGUUAUAGUGAAUUAAUGUAUAUGAUACAUGUUACAUUAUGAUAGUGUUUACAAAACCGUUUGGUCACUAAAUACCGCUUCUGAUUAGUAUUAGCGACGACCUAUUGCUGAACAGUAAAAAAUGAUACUCCCUCUGUGACACCGUUAACUUUUAGGAUUA